GUCACUUCCUUGUUCUCCUGUGGAAGGCGAAAACUUUUCACGGAGAGGACACGUCCGGACUAGUGCGGGCUUUUCUGGCAAAGUUAGCGUUAAAUGCUGGAAACAUACAUUUAAUUUCUCAUUCAUUGCUCCGAGCUUGCUCCGAGCUGACGGAAAGUUAGAAGUUAUGGCUGACAACCGAGAAGAGGAGAGAGAAGAAGGAAACCAGGAGCCUCAGGGCGCCGUGGGUGGGGAAGAUGUCAUUGAUGAUCCAAUCCUGGAGACAGGAGCAGUGGUCUUCAGAGGGUAUGUGAUUGAACGUAUGAACACUGAGGAGCCUGAGCGACACGUGUGCUCUGAGCAUCUGGGAGGAAGACCUAAUGAACAACGGGAUCCACAAAUCAAAGAAGUGGUGGAACAGCUGCUCAAGAUUGCAGAUGAGCUGAACAGGAACGCUGAGCUGCAACGACUGAUAAACCAGGUUCCAGGCAACUGUGCUCAGGACAUCUUCAUGAAGGUGGCCAGAAGUAUCUUUGCUGAUGGCAUUAAUUGGGGUCGAGUGGUGGCUCUAUUCCAUCUGGCCUACAGACUCAUACGCAAGGCACUGACCACCAACCACCUGGAGAACAUCAGAACAAUCAUCGGCUGGGUUCUCCAGGUCAUCAGAGAGCAACUCUAUACCUGGAUUGAACAGCAAGGAGGCUGGGAGGGGGUGAUCCGUGGUUUUUCUCAGUGGAGGACAGUGGCAAUAGCAGCAUCAAUAGCACUGGUGGCAGCUAUUGUUUACUACAGGAAGACACGCUGACGGCUCGCUUACAACCUCACCACCAGGGCUGCACUCCUAUCUCCUGGAUUAAAGCAGAAUAAAUGAGAACGACAUUUGGGACAUUAAUUUCAACCACUCCUCAGCCUCCAUCUCAUUAACCAGCAGAGGUCAAGCACUGUACUUAGAGGGCCAACCACCUCUCUCUUCUCAGGACACCUUGAACAAAACGUGCAUUUGCAGCCAGCUGUUUACUGAGCAUCUCCAUUAUCCUUCACCAGUGGUGGUAUGGAAGUACAAGAGUCACUAGAGCAGCCAUGUUGGAGGCUCCAAGCUCUCAGCAGUGGCUGUCUGCAGAAGAUGGUCUUAUGAACAUGGGACAUAGCUACAUAUGUCUUCACACAGACUAUAAUACCAGACUCUACUGGAACCAGGUUCGGUUCUGGCUGGGUCUAAAUUAAAAUUUGGACACGACCUAGGAAGACAUAAAAAUACCUGAAUAAGUCUGAAAACAACAAUUCCAUAUGUUUCAUCUUAAGUCAGCUGAUCAAUAUACAAAAAAUUACUGACUUGAAUGUACUGUAGCUUCAUGUUUGAUUAUGCUGGAAAUCAAAAUGUAUUUCAGCCAAGGGGCAGCCACGUUGGCUCUGCAGUAAACCAGGCCUGUGUGUUUUUAGACUUUUGCAUGGCUGCAAGACAAAAAUUCAAGUCUAUCAUGGGUUUCCCCACUGUGUACAUAUAGAGCUAGAUAAAGUAACAAAGAAAGAUGCUUCACACCAUCACAAAGACAAUUCAUAUAAACCACUUCUUCUGGACAUAAAUAAUCAGUCACAGAACCUGGAAAAAACUACUUGGCUGUCUCAGCAGGAUUAAAAAGAGUUGAUAAAAUAUUCUGCUUUAAGCAGUAUAAGAACCCGCUUUUUAAUAUUAUUCUCUUCAUGAAAACACAGGAACAUGGUGGCAAAUGUAAAAGUGCCAAAGGUUUAUAUUAUGGCCAGUAGUUUAAUUAUUACAGCUAUGUUUUUCACGGCAGAAUUUAGGCAAAAUUCAGAGUGCUUCAUUGUUGCUUUAGACCAUUUUCACAGCAGAACAUUUGUCUUUGUCAUUAACAACAUUAAUAAUGGCUGCAUACCAUUCCGUUUUGCCUUUUCUAUGGGAUCUUGCACUGUGUAAACAACACAAUAUUCUAAGUGUCUGCAGAGGGAAAAGGUCUAUUGCAAACAGAAACAGCAGUGAGGUACCUGUAUCUGAAAGUAAAUUUAUUUAAACUGCUAAUCAAAUUUCUACAAAGCGUGAUCUUAAGCUUUAGCUCUCAACAGAAUUUAAGCUCCAUUAUAAGAUAUUUCUUUUCAGAAUUCUUCAUCAUAGUUGUUGUUGACUUUAUUUUUUAUUUGUAUGUACCUUUGACUAUUUAUAAUAUAUAUAUUAAUUACAGAAAAAUAUGUUCUAACACAGUUACUAAACUUUUGUAAUUACUGCUAAUUCAGCCAGAAAUAACCAUUAAACCAUCCAACGUUGUUGAAGUAGAUAAUAAAUGGGACACUGGGUUAAGGCCCUCCCAUUACACAGCUCUCUAGGUCUUUUAGCAGUUAAGAUAGGAAACCUUAUUGCUGGUGUUGAUUCUAUGUUUACAGAAAGUUCAUUUAUUAUCUAAGGAACUGUGGUCAGCUGACCAGCACUUUACUGUGAACAUGCCUCAACUCCACACAGGCUCAGGUGUCUCGCUGAAUGAUGUACGCUACAAUUACAGAUGGGGUUGUUUAAUUCUCUGCGGUGGCAGCAGCAGCAGCUCAUUUCUGUCACUGUCUUUCUGUGGCCAUCUUCCUGUUGUAAGUGAAUGUAGUUGUUCACACUGAUACAGAUGUUUGACCUGCAUGUAAUACAGUAGUGGUUUGACUGAGGAACCCAGCAGCCUAGAAACUGCUGUUAGCCAUGGUAAACAGCUUUAUGAACCACAAUAAAAUUACUGUUUGUCUGACCACACUGACAGAAAAAAAUGUCAAUGACAACACUGAAUAGAAAAUAACAAGAAAAAGGCAACGUAACAAACGUUCAAACUUUAACCUGCUGGUGACAAACAGAGUAGCAACCUAAAGUAGCUGGUUGUCAGUCUGUGUGGUAAUAUUUUCAAGAAUAACAGUAUGUAGCCUGUGUAGAAGCUCCUUUUCUUACAAUAUUAUAGAAUAGUCUAACCCAUCCAGCAUCAUAGUCUAGUUCUGGUUUUCCAGCCUAUUUGUUCUUUGCAGUAUUUCAACUUCAUCUUCACACACUCACUUCUCCAAUGGAUUUUUAUAUUGAACAAUUCCUAGUUGAUUUUUAAAACUGUAAAACCUCUGCGACUGUUAUCCAAAAAAUAACCAUGUGUGUGAGUUUCUAAAUUUGUAAUAUCCUCUAUGUAGAUUGACAACAAACACAUGAUGGGAAAGAACCAGACUUUUAGAGUAUAAGAAACCAUUUUCCAUUGUUCUCUGGUUUAUAGUUAAAGAUGUAAUUAUUUAAGCUAAUGCUUUGUGCUUAUUACGAUGUAUUAGGGUCAGAUGAUUUGGUGGAUGAAUUAUAUGGGAACACUCAGUGGUUUAUGGCAGACCUAUUAUCUUGUGCCGCAUGAGCUUUUGUCAGGGUUUUUUGCUACCAAGUUUACCAUGCACUUUUAAGAGGGGUAUCACACUAUUUAUCUGCUGUCUUUUGGUGUGUUUUUUAAUGUGACCUGAUGUUUUCUUUUUUUGUUGUAGAAAUAUGAUUUGAUUCCAUCUGUGUGAAUAAAUUAAACAAGUGUUGUACCA